AUUUUUUCUUUCUUUUUACUUUUCUUCCCUAUUUUCCAAACAUACUCUCGCGGAAGGGAGGCCUUUCUCCACUCCGAAGGCACGAUUCCAAAGGCGAAGGCAUAGUCCGGAAGUCAAUUCUCAGUCCAACGCUGCAAAACCCCAAGAAGCAGCAGCAAUAGAAGAAGAAGAAGAUGCAUUCGUUUGGGUACAGGGCCAACUCUCUUCUCACCUUCGCCGUCACCAUUCUCGCCGUGAUGUGCGCCAUGGCCUCCUUCUCCGACAACCUCAACACCCCCUCGCCCUCCUCCCAAGUCGAGGUGUUGAGUAUCAAUUGGUUUCAGAGGCAGCCCAAUGGGAACGAUGAGGUCAGCAUGACAUUGAAUAUAUCAGCAAAUCUGCAGUCAAUGUUUACAUGGAACACAAAACAGGUUUUUGUAUUUCUAGCAGCUGAGUAUGCAACACCAAAGAAUUCCUUGAAUCAGGUUUCUCUCUGGGAUGGUAUUAUACCUUCAAAAGAGCAUGCGAAAUUCUGGAUUCAUACCACAAACAAGUACCGAUUCACUGAUCAGGUAAAGCCAUUUCUGGAAAUUAAUUUUUACCACUACCUCUUCAAACCAAGCCAAAUCUUUGAUCUUUUUGCUAUUGUAGGGAAGCAAUCUCCGGGGAAAAGAAUUCAACUUGACAUUGCACUGGCAUGUCAUGCCCAAGACUGGAAAGAUGUUUGCUGACAAAAUAAUCAUGACCGGGUUCCGCUUGCCAGAAGAAUACAGAUAAGGAUGAUUCUGGGGUGUUUUUUUGGCUGUAACUUCAGUAUUUGUCCCAUGGGGAUGUAAGAGGUUAUUGAAAUUCGAAAAUCAGAGAAAAAGGGAAAAUUUCCUAUUUGAGUCAAUGACUUUUUAUUUAUGAGGAUAUUGCUUAGACUUUUUGAAUCCAUAGAACUUUGUUACUGA